GGAAGUGAUAAAGCGGUUUGGCCGGCGGGGAGAACGCGGCACGACAGGUGCAAUGUCAAUGUGUUGACAUUUAACUUGUAUUUAGAGAGGUGAAUAGAGGUAAAAGAGAGGAAAUAUCGUUACUGUUGUUCCUAAUUUGAUGGCUUUGACGGCACAAGAGGGAAGAAAAGUCAAGUGUGGCUAUUCGUUGGUGUUUAUAUGGGCACGUGCUCCUUCACACGUUAUCUCUUUUGUAAGUCAAUUGUAGCUUCAUACUCAUGUUGAAUAUGGUUGCAAAUGAUGAAAAAAAGUACUAAAAGCGUGAACCUUAGGUAUACAACUGAAACAUUAAUUGGCUCACCUGAGGUACCACCAUUCAGAGUUGUAGCGUUCUGGGGGUGUAUUCCCGCUGAACACGCCCCAUCUCCACUGGUCGAUGAGGUAGCCAAAAGGAAGGAAGGCUAUCUUCUCCAGAGCCAUCUUUAACAGGAUCAGAAGUCACGGAUUCCAGUAGUCCAAUGGUCUUCAGAUGUUUUGGAGUUGAAACCGACAAAGACAAGACGUCGCCGAUAGCCUCGUGAAAUCCAGGAUUGGCCCCGCGACGGAAGCCCACCGGUUGGUCCUUGUACUGCAGCCGACUGCAGGAGGAAGAAACGGUGUUGAAUCAUUAAAUCUGACCUUUGUGCUCCUUUCCUCCAUCUACGUCUUUUUCUCAAUCACUUUUUUUCUCCGCUGACCUCCACCCAUCCACACCAGCGGAUAAUGACAUUCUCUUCUGAGGUUGUCUCCCAUGCAGGAUUCUCCCGCCCUCCUCAGCCAGCUGGAACAACACCCCCAAGAAGAAGAAGAAGAAGCCCAUUCCUCCUUCAAGUAGAGACAUGAAAUAGUCCAAACGUAACAAUUAAAUGCACAAAUAAUGUCGGAGUCUCCCAACUUUUCAGAAAUAGCUUCUCAGAUUUUACAAGAGGCGCCAACAGUUAGCAGGAAUCUCGGUGAGAACCAAAACAACCUGCUGAAAGUUGCAGAUUACUGCGAAAACAACUACCUGCAGGCAGAUGAUCCAAGCAAGGUAGUGGAGGAGUCCAAGGCUUUAGCCAUUCAGGCAUUGGCGAGUGUAACUUACCAGAUCAACAAUGUUGCAACUUUACUGCUCAGACUGCUGGACUCUCAGACCAUGCGGCUCAGCAACAUGGAGUCUUCAGUCAACCUGCUGUCACUGGCUGCAGCCAUCCACUAUGAGAAGGUGGCCAGAAGAGAGAUCAGCACUUUCACCAUUUCCCAAAACAAGAUCCGCUCCAAACUUGUGGCCCCGCCUCCUUCAGGCAGGGAAGCAGAGAGAAGCUACUCCAGGGUACCAAUAUCAUACUCCAUCUUGGACUCCACUGGACAUUGUUUCCAGGUCACCAGGGAGACACCCACUAAGGUGCCAGGGACCACCAGGGACCGCACACUGAGCAUUGCAGAUGUUCCCUCGUCCAAUCAAGGCAUCGCUGUACCGCUACCAUCAGUUCCUGCUCAUUCUAACACCCACAAUAACCUUCCUCCUCCUCCUCCUCAUCAUCAUCAGCAAAACUCAUUGGACCUCAGUAUGUCUCCUCCUCCUCCUCCCCCUCCCCCACCUCUCACUUCCUGCAUGGACGCCAGCCUGCCAACACCACCUUCUUUAACCUCACCAACAUGCCUGCCCCCCCCACCACCACCACCACCACCAAACAACCUCCUUUCUCCUCCUCCUGUAGCAGGGGGUACGCAUCUCUUGCCUCCACCUCCUCCACCCACUGGCACCUCCAACAUUGUGCCUCCCCCACCAAACAUCUUUUCACCUCCUGCAGUAGCAGAUGCUUCUCUCCCACCUCCCCCUGUAACAGGUACUCCUCUUCCUCCUCCUCCACUUCCUGCAUCUCUCACUUCCUCUAUGGACGCCAGCCUGCCAACACCACCUUCUUUAACCUCACCAACAUGUCUGCCGCCACCACCAAACAACCUCCUUUCACCUCCUCCUCCUCCUCCUCCUCCACUUCCUGCAUCUCUCACUUCCUGUAUGGACACCAGCCUGCCAACACCACCUUAUUUAACCUCACCAACAUGCCUGCCCCCCCCACCACCACCACCACCACCAAACAACCUCCUUUCUCCUCCUCCUGUAGCAGGAGGUACGGAUCUCUUGCCUCCACCUCCUCCACCCACUGGCACCUCCAACAUUGUGCCUCCCCCACCAAACAUCUUUUCACCUCCUCCAGGAGCAGAUGCUUCUCUCCCACCUCCCCCUGUAACAGGUACUCCUCCUCCUCCUCCUCCUCCACCCACUUACUGUAUGGACACCAGCCUGCCAACACCACCAUCCUUGACCUCACCGACAUCUCUGCCACCACCUCCUCCUCCUCCACCAAACAUAUUUUCUCCGCCUCCUGUAGCAGGAGUUCCUCCUCUCCCACCUCCUCCUCCUCCACCUCCACCCACUGGCAUCUCCAACAUGUUGCCAGCUCUUCCACCUCCACCCGUACAUUAACAAACCCAUUUCCUAUGAAAGCAGCUGAAAUGCAACACUACUCUGUUACAGUGUAUAUGAUACUGUAUAUAGGAUACAGCAUAUAGUAUACAGUAUAUAUGAUACUGUAUAUAUUAUACAUUAUAUAUGAUACAGUAUAUAUAAUACAGUAUAUUAAAGUUAAAGUACCAAUGAUUGUCACACACACACUAGAUGUGGUGAAAUUUGUCCUCUGCAUUUGACUCAUCCCCUUGUUCACCCCCUGGGAGGUGAGGGGAGCAGUGGGCAGCAGCAGUGCCGCGCCCAGGAAUCAUUUUUUGGUGAUUUAACCCCCAAUUCAAACCCUUGAUGCUGAGUGUCAAGCAGGGAGGUAAUGGGUCCCAUGUUUAUAGUCUUUGGUAUGACUCGGCCGGGGUUUGAACUCACAACCUACCGAUCUCAGGGCAGACACUCUAACCACUAGGCCACUGAUAUGAUACAGUAUAUAUAAUACAGUAUAGAGGUGAGUGCCAUUCAAUACUGUAUGUUCAUGAUCACCUUCACACUACUCCCAGAUGACAACUACUUCUAUAGCAGAAUAUUUGUAUCGAAGUUCUUGUUGGGCCUCGCACCUCCAACGUGUUUUAACAGCACUCAAAACAUUCCUAGGAAACAAGCUCCAACACACUUUCUUCUUCCUCUUCCUUAUUGGCUCUCUUUAGAAUGUGCUAGAACUUCCAAAAACAAAAGACUGCGACCUUCGAUCCAAUGGCAGCGGCAUUAUUGUAUGAUAUGAAUAUGAUGAGAAUAUGCCCCCGCAUGGAACACUCUGAUAGGGUCAGUGAGCUUGUAAAAUGAUUUUAACGAGGGUUUCACCUGCAGGGCAAGUUGGCACACAGGAGGAGGAGGAGGAGGAGGAGGAGGGAGGAGUUAAGUUGCCACUGCAUCAAACUGUUUAUACAACUACAACUAGCACAUGCUAUAUAGCGUACAGUAUGUUAGUCAUUUUAUAAUAGAAAAUAAUAACAGUAAAGCGCUGAAUGAUCUGUUAACAAUGAUCUAAAUGAAGGGGUGGCGUGGCUCAGAUGCUUCCACCAUCCUAGUCACUACCGUUGUGUCCUUGGGCAAGGCACUUCACUUGCAGUGCAUGAGUGUCCGCGGCAGCACUCCUUCACAAUGAAAUUAUCUUUGGAUAUUUUUGUAAAAUAAAGGUUUAAUUUUUGUUUAAA